AUGGCAGCCCUAGGUCCCAACAAUGAUCUGUGCUUCCACAGGGACCCUUCGUCUUUCCCCACUCCUCCUGAAUAUAACGACUGGGAUUCCAUGCUAGCGCAAUGUCAAGCCCCCGAAGAUAUACUUUAUCCAUCUGUGGAGAGUUGUCCCAGUGACCGGUUAUAUGCAGAGUCCCUGUUAGAUCAAGGCGUUGAUCCGAAUCUCAAUCUCAAUCCAGAUCUAGAUCUAUACCUGGAUCCCUCACUGCCCGCAUCAUCCGCAUCAUAUUUUCCAAUUAGCACUUUUGACGAUCAAAUACAACCAGUUUUCAAUGCCGAGAACGAACAUCAUGAGCCGGCAUUAGAUUACUUGACGCUUCCCGAUUAUCUCACCCCGACAACACCCCAAAAUCUCUCAACUCCGCCCUUCGAGAUCAUAGAACCAGGACUACCACAAUUGGCAACACCCCCAGAUCCGACCACAUGUUCAGGUCUAACCAAGAACGGUCCUCUGUGCAUCAUCACCGCAACGCAGUGCCUCCGCUCACUCCACAUCCCCCUAGCAAACUGCAUAUCUCACCAAAACGGACCCAAUACCCAAGACAGACCCAAGUCCCCACGCAUGUCAGGCGCAGUCCUGAAAUGUAACAAGGAGGCCGGGAUGGCGGUCUGCAGUAUGCUGCAAUGCGGAUGUUCCCUUCGCCCACAGAAUCAGCUCUUGCUAGCCAUCAUAUGUUCUCGCCUGAUUUCGUGGUACCGUGCAAUGAUCCGCACAUGCUACCUGGGCCACUCAAGUCAACCCAGAGUCGAUGGAGCAGAGAAUGACUUCGUAUCACCGGAGAAAGUCGUCCACCAACUCGUAACGAUUGGUGAUCAUUCAGUCGACGACCAGGCCCUGGGACGGACAAUCCAAGCCCAAGUCACGCUUGGUGAGUUGCGGCAUAUGCAGCGCUUGGUUGAGACUCUUUCUCUUCGUAUUCUGGAAACGGCCAAUGCGCAGCCGACUAGGAGUUUGGACUUCGCGGCUGAUGCCCAGGUCCAGUUGGCUGGGCUUCCGGGACCUGCGCAUGAUCGCAUGGUGGGGCAUCUGCUUGAAGAGGUUCAUGCGGCUAAGGCUGAUUUGAUUUCGGGCUUGGUUGAGGCUUAG